AUGCACGGCCAUGCGCAUCACAACCAUGCACGCAAUGUGGAGGAACUAGAGGAGCAAGGAACUGUUGAGGCACGAGGUGUCAUCGAGGAGCGAGGCGAUGUCGUGAUUGUUUAUAAGACCGUGGCGCCGGAUUUUACAGGGGAGGUGGGAGGUUAUGUAACCGGUGCCCAACCCACUACUACGACGCAGGUGCACGCUGGUGUCGGUGAGCCUGUCAGCGCGGCUACUACAAAGAAGGAACAAACAACGACCAAAGAAGAAACAACCGAGGCCAAAACCACCGAGGAGGCGACCACAACCAAGUCCAAGGAGGAACCGACCACCACCAAAGAGACCGUGGCCCACACCACUCAGGAUACUAAAUCAGAAACUACUGAGACCACAGAGACUAAAAAGACAACCACCACGACCAGUGGGUCGGAGGCUCAAAUCACGACAACCUCCUUUGUGACUUCGGCGUCGUCCACCUCUGCUUCUUCCACCUUGGAAACUUCCCAGGAUGUCAACGAUCUCCUUGCGGCAACCUCCACCGCAACCUCCACCGGAUCGGCCAAAGACUCUGCCGCAUCGGCCUCGACAACCGCUCUUGGAACUACUACUUCUGAGGGUAUGACUGGUGGCGCGAAGGCUGGUGUGGCUAUCGGUGUCAUCUUCGGCGUUGGUAUAAUCGCUGCUCUGAUUUUCUUCUUUAUGCGAAAGAAGAAGAGAAGCCAGGAGGGAUAUCAGCGGGAGAAUGAGAAGACCUUCGGUGAUGAAGGCCUGCCAGAGGGUACCGCUGCUUCUUUCCCACCUCCUCCUCCUUCCAAGCCACAGGCUCUUUCGACACCCCCGCAACUUAAUGUUCGUCCCGUCACUCAAUUCGCGCCUGAUCUGAGCGGCGGUGCCUUGAACCCGACCGCCACUGGUGCUUCCGGUUUGAGCCCGGCCACCGCUGCUGUUGCAGGUGCUGCGGCUGGUUCGGCCGUCGCCUCUCGUAAUCUCACUGGUGACUCGGCGCCUCCUACCCCGCCGAAAUCUGCUGGCAGCGGCUCUGACCCGUUCAGGGACCCCGUCAAUCCUUUCAACGCCCCUGCCAGCCAACACGCGCCUUCGGUUGCUGAAUCAGCCACUGAACCAUCUGGAUCGACUACUGGACCUUCUGUAUCGAGCACUAGACCUUCUCAACCAACCACUGGACCGCCUGAACCUUCCGGAUCGACUGAACCUUCCGGAUCGACCGUCGCAGCUGCCGCGGUCGGUGCCGCAGCGGUGGGUGUUGCAGCAGGUGCUGCUGCUUCAUCUCGAGCAUCCAAUGAUUCUGAGCGCUACCAUUCCGCCGAAUCACGCGGCCAUUCCCCCACUGGUUCGACCCAAUCUGCAACCACCCCUACCAAUGCUACCAGUGCCGGUGCCGCCGGAGCUGCAGGCGCCAUGGCUGCUGGCCCACCACCCCCUACCAAUGUCUACCGUGUGCAACUGGAUUUCAACCCCUCUAUGGAUGACGAGCUUGGACUUCGUGCGGGAGCGCUUGUGCGCUUGGUUCAUGAGUACGAUGAUGGGUGGGCUCUCUGUACGCGCCUUAAUGGCGCCCAGCAAGGAGUUGCCCCACGGUCUUGCCUCUCGGCUCGUCCUGUGAUGCCUCGCGCCCGCCCACCCCCUGGCCCCGGCUCUCGCGGCCCACCCAUCAUGGGCCCUGACGGUCGCCCAAUGAUGCCCGCGGGUCCGCCCGGUCCUAGAUUCUAUCCUCAGGAUUCCCGUCCGAGAUCCCCCGGCGCUGGCUUCUCUGGACCUCCACCUUCUCGCCCUUACCCUGCCCCCGGAACUGCUGUCAACUUCCCGCCAGUUCCCCGCUCUCUGUCUCCCGGGCCAGGAGGACGACCUGUCCCACGCUCAAUGUCUCCUGGACCUGGCGGAAUGCCCGGCCCCCGCUCAAUGUCCUCCGGGCCCGGAGGAAUGCCUCGCUCCAUGUCUCCAGGACCAGGAGGACGACCUGUCCCACAAUCCAUGUCUCCUGGCCCCCGGCCCGGCCCGCGUUCGAUGAGCCCUGGUCCAUACGGACCAGGAAUGCAGCGCCCAGUGAUGCCGGUCAACCAACGCCAACGUAGCAAUAGCGCUGGCAACGUCGCUCCACCUAUGGCAGUGCCCGCUGCGCCUGCAGUUUCGAGUCCAUUAGCUGCUGCCGUUCCUGCUGCGCUUGCAGUUUCGACCCCAUUAGCUGCUGCUGUUCCUGCUGCGCCUGCCGUUUCGAGCCCAUUAGCCGCUACCGCUCCUGCCGUGCCACAAGUUUCGAGUCCUGUGGCUGCUCCUGCUCCGACCCCUGCUCCGGUCUCUGCUCCGGUCCCUGCUCCGGUCCCUGCUCCGGCCCCUGCUCCCGCUCCCGCUCCCGCUCCCGCCGCACUGCAGGUUUUGACUUCCCCAGCCGCUCCUGAGCCUGCUCCCGCUGCACCUUCACCGUCAAGCCCAUCAGCCGCACCUACUCCUGCUCCCACCAGCGAGCUUCCAGCCCUUCCGACUUCCGUGCCGACUUCUCCGUCCGGCUCAAUCUCGCGAAAACCCCUCCCUACCCGGGACGCUUAG